GGUGUCGGCACCGGGGCCUCUCCCGCAGUACCGGGACACGCGUGGGCACUGACCGGGCGCGCUUGACGUCACUCCAGGGGGCGGGGGCUCCACCGGAAGUUUUCUCGUUGCCUGGCAACGGCGGCGCGGCGCGGCCAUGGCGGAGCCGGACCCCGGGCCCAUCGUCACCUUCGGCAGCCUCAUCACCGAGGGGACGACGCUGAGCCGGCGCGGGCAGCACCACAAGGCGUUGGGAUGCUUCAACAAUGCGCUGAAGCUGAGGGCAGGGGACAAGCAGUGCCUUAUCACCCGCUCCAAGUGCUUCCUGAAACUUGGGGACACAGAAAACUCCUUGAAGGAUGCUGAAGCCUCGCUCCAAAGAGACAAAGCGUUCACUGAGGGGCUUUACCAAAAGGCAGAGACCCUCUACACCAUGGGGGACUUCGAGUUCGCGCUGGUGUUUUACCAUCGAGGCCGGAGGCUCCGCCCGGACCAGAACAAGUUCCAGCUGGGCAUCAACAAGGCAGAGGAGGCAAUUAUGAACUGCAUUGGCAAUCCAGCCUCGGUGAAGCUGGAGAACAAGGAGGAGCUGGGCUUCGUGAGCAGGCAGGCAGAGAGCAGAAACCAGAAACUGCAAACCAAACCGACUAAGGACCACAAAGGGACGAAGAAGAAGCAGCGUGUGAAGAAUCCAAAAACAGAGCGAGAGCUUCUGGGACAGCUCUAUGAUGACAAGACCUUCCUGCAGAAGUUGCUCAAGGAUGAAGACUUGAUGCAGACCAACAUGAGGCAGGGGGGCAAAGUCGAAGACCUGGUUUUGGAUGGCAUCUCCUACCUGAACCAGCGCCGGGACUUCUGGCAGCAGCAGAAGCCGAUCUACGCCCGGCUGUACGAGCGGCGGCUCCUGCAGCAGAGGUGGAUGGGGGAUGGGAGACGGAAACCGGCCGAAGUUGCCAGAUCCAUCGCGAAGGACAUGGAGGACAUUGAGCUCAUGCUGGCCAGAGGCUCUGCUGAGGAAAGCUGCAGGAAAGCUGAGCGUGUCCUGAAAAAGAUACAAGGGUGGGCAGAGGAUGAAGUUCCCAACAAGAGUGAACUGAUUGGGAGGCUCCACAGCUGCAUCGGGAACGCGCAGGCGGAGAUGGGGCAGAUGGAGGCAGCUCUGCGCAGCUACAGGAGGGAUCUGGAUUGUGCCAGGCAGAAUGCUCUGCCCGACUCCAUGUCCCGGGCCCUGGACAACAUCGGCCGCGUGUACGCCCGGACCGGCAGGUUCCAGCAGGCCAUCAACACCUGGGAGAAGAGGAUUCCAAUGGCAAAAUCCGACCUGGAGAAGGCCUGUCUGUUCCAUGACAUCGGCCGGUGUUACCUCGAGCUGGGUGAUGCUGAAACAGCCCUAGACUGUGGAGAGAAUUCUCUGGAGUCAGCGGAUGAAGAGGGAGAUGUGGAGUGGCAGCUCCACGCCACCGUGCUGGUGGCACAGGCACAAGUGAAAUUAAAGGAUUACCGGUCUGCAAUCCUGAACUUUGAAAGUGCCCUGGAGAAGGCGAAGCUUGUGCCUGACCAGGCUGCUCAAAACACCAUCCUUGUGGCCUUGGAUAAGGUGAGCAAAAGCUACAUCAAGCAGCUGAGCGAAGGCGGCAAAGAAGCGACGGUUCCCUUCCGGAGAGGUACUUGUCAUUCCCACCUCUGCCCCCAGAAAUGGAAAAACUCCCCACUUGCCUCUUCUGGAGCACAGCAGCUGCACCUUAGGAUUCCCACAGCACCCAUUCCCUUCCAAGUAUUGAAUUAAAAUCUCGGUGCAAGU